CUGCCAAUAUGGUUCCACAUCGGCGCCUCAGAUAAUCUGAAAAAGUACAACAAUCAUAUAUAUGCAAUGUGCCUAAGGGAAAAACAUCACAUCACCUCGGUGGGCCAGUUGGAAAAUAUCACACUAAGACACUCCCCUCACCAUAGGCAGAACAAAAACUGUCCCUGUGAACACUGUACAGAGGACAGAAUGAUGUUAAACUGCAGCAAACCAUUUAAGUGCGCGAAAUUAGCAAAAGACAUUCUAGAAUGCUUACUACCAAAAUGGCAUCCUCAAACGAGCUCCCCUUCCUACUCUCUUAACAUAGCGCCAGAACAAAUUACUGGUAAUGAUGAAAAUCAGAAUGACCAAAGCAAUAGAAUAUUUGACCCCACCUUCCCCUCACCAGACUCACUUGAAGUGGGCUUCCAAGCUUUUGUAACACCAAGGCCUCCCUGCACCGUAGCUGCAAGUCAGUCUCAGACACAACCCUGGGGCACCCAACAACUAGUCAAUGUGACCAUCAUGGGUACACACCUAGUAGACAAAGACGGCGACUACAUGUCAGGAGGUGGUGCGUGGUUUGGACAAAACGACUGCUGCAACAUCGCCGUUAAAAUGCCACCAAACAUGGCCACACCAGGGGCAGGAGAAAUCGGAGCCCUCCUCAUGGCCAUAUCAAACAUGCCCAAAAAUACUCCCCUGCAUGUAACAGUCAAAUCAUCUAAACUUCGGAAAGACUUGACAAUUAACUUAACUAGACACGAGGACUCAGAUUGGCUAGAUCACCCCAACAAAGAAUUGAUGGUCGCGCUAGUCACUAACCUAAGGGAACGCCACACACUGACCACCCUCACAGGAUGGGAAACAUCAACACCGAUGUAG